AUGAAGUUAAAAGAUCUGGACAGUUUGCUGUAUGUAAACGAAGAAGGUCUUGUUCAAGAACGACUGGUUUCAUUAGUAACUGCAUCAGAUGCAACUGGACUGGGUAUGUUUGAAGUAUUUUGUGAAAUAACUAACAAAUAUAAUAUUGAGUGGAAGACACAAUUGAUAGCUCAAGCAUAUGAUGGUGCUGCAUCUAUGCAGGGACAGUAUUCUGGUUUGAAAACCAGAAUACAAAAUGAAAAUCCAAAUGCCAUAUAUAUUUGGUGUUGUGCGCAUUUAUUCAAUCUAGUAGUGGUUGAUACAUGUGACUGUUGUAUUGUCUCAAAACGUUUUUUUGGUGAUAUUGGAUGUUUUGUUGAGUUUAUGAGGGCUAGAAAACGAACAGCUAUUUUUGUUAAAUGGCAAGAACAAUUAUAUCCUAAUGAUCGUUUACGUCGAAUGAAGCGAUUUUCCACUACACGAUGGACAUCUCAUGACAGGGUAUUAAUUGUUAUUAAUGAAAAAUAUUCUGCACUAUUGGAGACAUUAGAAGAAAUUUCUGAUGCAAAUAAUUCAGACCGCGAAGCUGCCUCAACUGCUGAAAAUCUUUUAAAUAUGAGAACAGAACAAGACUGUAAAGAUUUAAUUGACCAGGCAAAAUUAUUUUCAAAUAAAAAUGAUCUUAAUGAAACAGAUUUUCCUCAGGUAAGACCGAGGAGAAAAAAAAUUAUGGCUGGAGAACAAGCUAGAGAUGAGCUUUUAUCUUCACCUGUAGAUAAUUUUAGGACUGGGGUUUUUUAUAGAAUUUUGGAUACAGUAAUUUCAUCUAUUGAAAAUCGAUUUUCUGAAUCUAGAAAUAUACUUAAAGAUUUUACAUUACUUUCACCUGAACGUUUAAGGUUGAUAAAGAAUGAAAACGAUUUACCUAGUGAUGCCUUUAAAGCCAUUUCCAACUGGAUUUCAAUAGAUCUCACUCAACUAAAAAUUGAAUAUGUUACAUUUAGUAAAAGUUUAGAUAAAUUGCUUAAUGGUAUGAAUAUAAACAUGAUGUAUCAAAACCUUAACAAUCAUACAAGUGAUUUUGAUUCGGAGAAUGAUAGCGAAAACAGUGAAAAUGAUGUUGAAACUUCAGAAAAUAAAAUAACUUGCCUGCAAAUCCUGAAAAUUUUAUCCAGUUAUGACCUUAGAAAUGCAUUUCCAAAUUUGUUUAAAACAUAUAAAGCACUUGGAACCAUUCCUGUAUCUUCAGCAUCUGCAGAAAGAAGCUUUUCUAAGGUAAAGCUUAUUAAGACUAGACUUCGGUCAACAACUGGUCAGAAUCGGUUGGAAAGUUUGUUAAUGUUAAGCAUGGAGAGAGAUGUGCCAAUAAAUCACCAAGAAGUUAUUGAUAAGUUUGCUCAAACAUCAACUUUUUGUAUGAAUAAAAGCAAUUUAGGAAAUAAUAUUAGUGAGGCUGAAUAUUUCUAA